UUGAAACCGCCAGGAGGCUGGCCUGAAUGAUGGAGUAAACUCCCAUCAUGGAGGUUUAUUGCUUUACAACAGUAACGGGAGUUGUAGUGUUUUGUCAUCCAUACAGUGGCGAUUCAACGGGGCUUCUUGGAAGAAAACUUUCCUAAAAUUUUCAUCUGAGACUAAAUCAAACGGAGCCAAGAUCAAGGCAGGUAUGGUACCUGGACGGGCAUCGACACUGAAUUGAGAAACAUCUGCUAAAGUGUCCCCCUUGAUUCAGCUAUGGCUUCAGCGACAUCCAGCCCGGGACCUGCGUCUUUCGGCUCGCAGGUUCAUGCUGCAGCUGUCAAUGGAGAUAAAAGCGCCCUCCUUAAACUCAUCACAGCAGAGUCCUCGCUGCGGGACCGUGAGGACCAGUUUGGCCGAACCCCUUUGAUGUACUGUGUCCUGGCUGACCGCCUGGAUUGUGCAGAGAUUCUGCUGAAGGCCGGAGCCUCGGUCAACAAGACCGACCACAGCCAGCGCACUGCUCUGCACCUUGCCGCACAGAAGGGGAAUGUGCGUUUCCUGAAGCUGCUGCUGUCCAGGCGUGCUAACUGGCUGCAGAAAGAUUUAGAGGAGAUGACCCCACUUCACCUGGCCACCCGACACCCCUCCCCAAAAGCCCUCGCCCUGCUGCUUAAACACAUCGGACCUGGAGAGGUUGACACACAAGACAAGAACAAGCAAACCGCUCUCCACUGGUCGGCAUUUUAUAACCGACCAGAACACGUCCGCCUUCUGAUCAAGCAUGAUUCCAACAUAGGCAUCCCAGACAGCGAGGGCAAGAUCCCUCUGCACUGGGCAGCGCACAGUCAGGAACCCAGCGCCACACAAACUGUCCGCUGUAUACUGGAAGCAGCUCCCACUGAGUCCUUGUUGAACUGGCAGGACUAUGAGGGGCGGACCCCCCUACACUUUGCUGUUGCCGACGGUAACGAAGCAGUGGUAGAGGUGCUGACGUCUUACAAGGGCUGUAAUGUGACCGCUUAUGAUAACCUCUUCAGAACACCGCUGCACUGGGCAGCUCUGCUUGGCCAUGCCAGAAUCGUCCACCUGCUAUUGGAGAGAAACACAUCAGGCACUAUUCCCUCAGACAGCCAAGGAGCAACACCCCUGCACUAUGGGGCUCAGAGCAACAAUGCUAAGACAGUGGGUGUGUUUCUGUCCCACCCGUCUGUGAAGGAUGAACCUGAUCUGGAGGGGAGGACAGCCUUCAUGUGGGCCGCUGGGAAGGGCAGUGAUGAUGUCAUCUGCACCAUGCUGGCCCUCACCCCUCACAUUGACAUCAACAUGGCCGACAAGUAUGGAGGAACUGCACUCCAUGCGGCCUCGCUGUCAGGCCAUGUGAGCACAGUGAAGUUGCUGUUGGAGAGGGGAGCAAUGGUCGACUCUCUGGAUGUGAUGAAACACGCGCCGCUGUUUCGGGCUUGCGAGAUGGGACACAGAGACGUAAUACUUACACUCAUCAAAGGUUCUGCACGCGUGGACCUGGUAGAUGUAGAUGGUCACACCGCUCUGCAUUGGGCAGCUCUGGGAGGGAAUGCUGAGGUCUGCCAGAUACUGAUGGAGAAUGGGAUUAGUCCCAAUGUACAGGACCAGGCAGGACGGACUCCUCUGCAGUGUGCUGCUUAUGGGGGCUACAUCACCUGCAUGGCUGUUCUCAUGGAAAACAAUGCUGAUCCAAAUUUACAGGACAAGGAGGGGCGGACCGCUCUCCACUGGUCAUGUAACAAUGGUUACCUGGAUGCUGUGAAACUGCUGCUGGGCUACAACACCUUUCCUAAUCACAUGGAGCACACUGAAGAGAGGUACACUCCUCUGGACUACGCUCUUCUUGGGGGCCACAGUGAGGUGACUCAGUUCAUGCUGGAGCAUGGCGCUCUGUCCAUAGCAGCUAUCCAGGACAUUGCUGCUGCCUCCAUCCAAGCUGUCUACAAGGGCUACACCGUUCGCAAGGCCUUCAAGGAGAGAAAGCAGCUCCUCAUGAGGCAUGAGCAGUUGCGCAAGGAUGCAGCCAAGAAGCGAGAGGAAGAACAGCGGAGGAGAGAAGCUGUGCAGAAAGUUUCUGUGGCCACUGCCGAAAAACGGAGGGUCCCUUUGGUGAGAACAGAGCAAGAAAAGCUCUCCUUAGUGAACAUUAUAGAGGACCUAUCCCUGAAUGACUCAGUGGUGGAAACAAAGAAAUCAUCCAAAGCUGAACGCGCUAAAAGCAAAGAGGAGAGACUCAAAGUCCAAAAGAGCAAAUCUUCCAGAAGAAGUAAAGCAUCUGAACCACAUGUGGUUCCUGGUGCUUUGAGCCGAGACUGUCAUGUGAGCUGUGACUCUGUGCACGGUGCUCUCCAGACCACCAGGCUGAUGGAACUUCUCUCUCCUGCCAGCUGCAGCCAGCCACCCAGCCUCAAACCCAGACCCCCCUUUAUGCCCAAAAUCAGGGAACGACCUCAGUCAAGCACAUGCAUUCCUUUCACAAGCAUUGCAGUGACGGACCAAACUGACACUAUUACCAGAGAAUACGUCCCUCUAAAAAAGAGAGACUCUCACAUGACUGUGCAGACUGCCCCCAGCAAGACUGAUGCUCACACCGUUCAACAAAAGCAGAGGAGCCUCAAGGAGCAGACUUCAGAAAAGGCCACCACCAAAGAACAAACUCACACUCUGUCAUUAAGAAGCAGUCCAUCUUUAGACCACAAAAGCCCUUCGAGAAAGACUCAGUCUUCCACACAUGCACCCAUCUCAACACGCACGCACAUGGAGCACAACAAAGAGCAGCGCAGGAGACGGAACGAGGCUGCACGCAUCAUCCAGGGAGCAUGGCGAAGGUUCCACACACACAGGCGGAGAGAGGUACAGCCCCGCGAGGAGGUAGAGUCAAGUGAUGCAAACCACGCCCACAACAAGAAGAAGAUGGAAAUCCGAGCUCAACCCACCAAACUGCCAGCGAGUAAGAGCUCAGUGCUACAAAGUAUCUAUGGCAACUCUAUGGCCAGACGAGGGCGUUCACUUCGAGGGUCUCAGUCCCAGCUGCUCCUGGACAUGCCCUUACGCACCCAGAGCCAGUUGAGCGCUAUUGACUGUGUGCACCUGACUGAGGCCAUGAAUCAAGCCAAGCAGUACUCGUACCACCUUAGACCACAUAGUGCUGGACAGGGGACCAGAGGCCGGGCAAAACAUUGAACGAACACACACACACAUACCUAAUGUUCUUAGAUGUUUUCUCAGCUGGCUGGCAGCAUUACCUCUAUAGAAUUACUUUAUACAUUGUUCGCUCAAUGGGCCAAGCUUUCUAAAAUUAAGCCAUAUGACAUCAGAGCCAUGACCUCACAGGGUGGGGUUAAGUCUACAGAAAUGGUGUGUGUAAAGGAUAACCUUUCAUCCAUUCUGGAAGGAACACAUACACACCCCAUCUCCAUAGUUCUUGCACACACACUGAGAUAACCUUUCCUCCUGUUGUGGAGAAUGAGGCAGUCUAUCAACAGCCGGUCAUACAGAUAGCCCACCUGCAGACACGGGCACACACACGGACACACACA